AUGAUCAUGGAUUGGUGCCUUGAAAUUUUAUUAUGGAAUUAUACAGGAUCUGGAACUGUCGGAGAUCCGGCGUAUCUGGUGACAUCCUGGACGGAAACUAACUGGUAUUGGAGCUCGCCAGGGAGUCCAUGUUUGGAGACCACUGUUUACUGUGAAGAUGACAGAGAAAGCUAUUGUAUUUCCCAGUUUGAGGAGCAAAGUUCAAAAGACGAAACCGAAAAAUCGUUUUCUUCUUUUGAUGAUCUUUUAAAUGAGAAGAAAAAGGAGUGUUCUAGAUACAGCAUUGGUUGGGAUUCCAAAGAAAACGAUCAUGUGAGGGAUAAUGAUCCUGCUAUAUGCCUCGUGGUGAAAUACAACAAUAACUUGAAGAGUCUUGAUGUGUCCAUUAUGGAAUGUCGUAAUCUCCCUAUUGUGGAUUUGAAGAAACAACAGUCAAACCCAUACGUAAAAUCUUACCUUGUUAUCGCAGACAUCAAAUACGGCAAAAGAAAAACAAAGGUCCUGCCUUCUUCAACCAAUCCGAAGUUCUAUGAAUUAUUUCGGUAUUUUAUAUCAAAAUCAGACUUACACGAUUCAGAAUUACUGGUGACAGUCUGGCAUUAUAAUAAAUACGGCAGAAACUUCCGUAUUGGCCAGAUGACCGUGAGGUUUGACGAGUUCUGUUUUGGUGAACCGUAUUCAAAAUGGUACAAGCUUGAACAGAACGGAGAAACUUAUCAUCCUUGCUUUAUGUUAUGA